AUUGCAAUACAAACAAAUGUUCAUUAAUUUGGUGAUUAUAUCGCAGUUAAACUUCUGUUAGUUUCAAUGUCUUCAGGGGAUAGCUCGAAGUGUAAACUUUCUUUGGAAAUUCCAUUCAAAUCGGAACGUGAUGCUGUCAUUGCUUACAAUAGUUUAACUGUGGAUAGUGAACCUCCUCGAUCAACAGUAACAAAGACUAUCAAAACUUGCGACAACAAGUUACUUUGUAGUUUCACCUGUGAUGAAACUCGAGCCUUAAGAUCCAGCAUCAAUAGUUUCAUGGAUAUGCUUUUAUUGGUGGAAAAGACGAUCAAUAAAUUUGAUAUAGCAAACAAGUGAUUUAUUUAACCCUGUUUCAUUGAUCGACAUUGACAGUCAAAUGGGUGAAGAGGCUUUACCUUUACCUUCUCCUGGUCGAUGUAUUUAUGGCUAUGCCUUGUACAUAAUAUCUAAUUGUUUAUUAAUUCUUUACUUGGUCAUUUCGUUGGUUCCUGAUGAAAUUCUUGACUAUUUCAACUUAACUUAUCUACCUUCAAAAUAUUGGUACAUUGCUAUACCUACCUUUCUCUCUACUUUAAUUGUUGCGUUUGGUUUUGUGAUUUAUCCUUCUAUUGUGAUGUGCCUUACUGAACCUCUAGAUUCGGUCCUUUUGUUUAAAGAUGAAUUUUCUAACCCAAAGAUAGAUAUUACGUGUGGCAAUAAUGAGGAGGAUAUACCUGCGGAUAUCUCGUCAAUCUACGAUAUUCCGGUUGAGAAAGUCACUCAAUUAACUUAUUUCAAACAAGAAAUUCUUCAAAACAUUACCAAUUCUGUAUAAUCGUGCUAUCAGGAAUUACUUCAAUUACUACAAAACCUUUAAUGAAUAAACUAAAUUGAAACAAUUU